UUGCUGAUGCCAAAUACUCAUUUAAGGUCCCUAACAUUUUGGCUAAGGAUCCACUAGCAACAGGUGCAUUUAUUUUUUAUUUGUACACGAAAUUGUUUCAUUAUUCUUUCACAGUUUAUACGUUUCGAAAAUUGGCAUAUAUCUCCGAUGACAACACUAUGACAUUGAUAUAUAUUCAUAUUUUAAUACUUACUUUAAUGAGCGAUGUAACCUUUUGUAAAUUAAAUCUCUUAAGAUCAAUUUUAAUUUAUGAAAUGAUUGACAAUUAUUUAAAAUUGACUAGACGUGACAUGGUUGGUUUUAACUGCAUAUUAUCAUCAUUUAGCAAAAUAAUAAUUUUAUAAAUAUUGAGAUGGCCGUGGUGGGGGACCAAUGAACCAAUCAAAUACUAACUUGUUAGAAACUUUUGAAAAUGUGAAAUUAUUAGAAAUUUAAUACUACUAACAAUUGGGCAAUUUAAAUAUAUGUUGUAGUACUAGUUCGUGAAGUAUUCAAAAGAAAGGUUGGCGUUCUUGAAAAUGCUAUAUAUGCAUGCAAAGGCUUAAAACCUUUUUAAAGGCUCAAAGCAGCUAUUCACAGUUAAAAUGCAGAAAUCUGUUGAAUCUCCAACUAAAAUGGUGUCUACCACCGAAGAUAAUGAGGUGGAGAUGGAGGUACCAAAAGCGCGGUUUUGGGAUGCAAUGGACAUCACCCAAUGGGAAGGCUUUUGGUUCGGGCCAGGCCUGUUGAAGCCCGCCUUCACAUUCCGGUCGAGCUUCCACGCCCGGGAUGAUGACGUAAUCCUCGCAUCAACCAUGAAAACGGGCACCACGUGGCUUAAGUCACUCUCUCUCUGCAUCUUAAAAAACCGUGAUGACCCAAAACACGAUAUGUUAGCCAUGGAGAAUCCGCACUUCCACGUCCCGACAAUUGAGAGCACUCUUUAUUCGACCAAGCCCCUUCACGUGGACAUCUACGACGCGUCGGGUCCCCGUCUCCUCCACACGCACUUGCCGCACGCCGUGUUGCCCGACUCGAUCAAGGAGUCGGGCUGCAAGGUCGUGUACAUGGCACGGAACCCCAAGGACACCCUCAUCUCCAUGUGGCACUUCUUCAACUCAUUUCUAAGGCCCGAUCGGGAACCGUUUCCAUUAGAGAAAGCGGUCGACUGUUUCUGCUCGGGCCUGCAUCAAUAUGGGCCAUUCUCCAACCACGUGGCAGAGUAUUGGCUCGAGAGUCGGAAAAGGCCCCACAAAAUCUUGUUCGUCAAGUACGAGGAGAUGAAGUCCGACCCCAAGGGACAGGUGUCGAGGAUCGCGGACUUCUUAGGGAGGCCAUUCGGAGAGGAGGAGCAAGUUGAUGAGGUUUUGUGGAGGUGUAGUUUGGAGAGGCUAAGGAAUUUGGAGGUGAACAAGAAUGGAUCAGUUUUGUUGAAUGUGCCAAAUACUUCUUAUUUUAGGAAAGGGGAAGUUGGAGAUUGGAAGAAUUAUUUGACUUCGGAAAUGGAAGAGCGAAUUGAUCAAACAAUUGGCCUUAAGCUUCAGGCCAUUGGGCUAAUUCUGUAAUUAUUUCUAUAUGUGACAAGAGUGUGUAUCUGUUGUGUGUGAACUACUGAUUAACUUUUCAUGUCAAAAUAAAUCUUACCAUGUCAGUUUUAAUUA